GCUCAGUGAAAUCGGAGCAGUCGUCGAUCGAGGUACGCUCGUUACUGUAUACCGUAUACACUUACGCGAUCGUUUCAUUCACCAGAAUAAGAAUUCCGGAAACAUUUCUUUACUCGCGACGAUACGCUUAAAAGCUAGAAUUCCCGGCCUUUUUAAGCUGGCAUAAUAAUCAUCUUCGUUGCGCAAACGAAAAAAGAAAGAAAGCGGUGCCUCAGGGCGUUCAAAAGUGGCGCGUUAAUCAAGUGUCACGUGAUAGGUAGUUGAUUGAUAUUGGAGAUCCGUUAUGGUCGAUCGCGUGUGACAAAAAUCGUCAAAUGUGUCUACGACUUCAUAAGAGUCACUGAAAAUUUGUACCAAACGCUAUAAAACAAAGGAACGUAAAAAUAAUUUAAAAAUUAUUGAGACAUUAAAACUAUUAAAGUGUUGAAUAUGUGCGUGAAACCAUAAAAUGUUUGAUUUGUGAAAAAUGUGUUGCUCCAACGGGGAAACGUUUAGACUGGCAAAUUAUUGAAAAUAUACAAUAAGAUCCACGAUUCAGCACGAAGUUACUAAAACUAUUCGAGAAAAAAAGAUAUUGCAUAGGUAAUAAACAUGGUGGGAAAUAAACAGAGACGUCGAAGUGCGAGCGAAAUGCUCGAUUGGCGAUAUGUCGUCAGGAAUAGAGGGGACGAUUUGGACGAUACAUGCAUGCCCUUCGUCGAGGACUACAACAAGGAUACGAAAAUACGUCGCAGGAAACGUUCCGGUACUUGGCCGAGAACUAGAAGUCUAAAUGCACCUAGUCCCGUACAACAAUUUGGGCCAUGCGGGCGCAUCAUGAAAAAUUCAGCAAUGAUCAUGACCAUUCAGGAUCCAGCCUCUCAGAGAUUGACAUGGUAUAAGCCGCCACUUACUGUUCUAGUCAUCAAGAAGAUCCGUGAUAACUCGGUAUUGCCACCGUUUGUACAAUUGGUCACGUGGCUAAUACGAGAAAAACGGAUGGUAGUGUUCGUCGAGGCGUCUGUUCUGGAAGAUCCAGCCUUAGCUAGGGACCUCAGAUUUCGGGAGAUUCGAGAUAAGCUAAAAACUUUCAAAGAUGGCACGGAUGAUCUUCAGGAUCGUAUCGACUUCAUCGUGUGCCUGGGAGGCGAUGGAACUCUUUUAUAUGCCAGUUUAUUAUUUCAACAAUCCGUACCACCAGUCAUGGCAUUUCACCUUGGGUCGUUAGGAUUUCUCACACCUUUUGAGUUCAACAAUUUCCGGGAGCAAGUAACAAAUGUACUAGAAGGCCACGCGGCCUUGACCUUGAGGAGCAGGCUGAGAUGUAUCAUCACAAGAAAAGAAGAAGAAGAUAAGGAGCCGAGGCCACCAACGAAUUUGCUGGUGCUGAACGAGGUUGUCGUGGAUCGAGGCCCAUCCCCAUAUCUCUCGAACAUCGACCUCUUCAUCGAAGGCAAGCACGUGACCAGUGUGCAGGGUGACGGCCUGAUCGUGAGCACGCCGACCGGGUCGACUGCGUACGCUGUUGCGGCUGGAGCCAGCAUGAUUCAUCCUUCAGUACCUGCGAUUAUGAUCACUCCGAUCUGCCCUCACUCUUUGUCCUUCAGACCGAUCGUUGUGCCCGCUGGCGUCGAGCUGAAGAUCUCAGUUUCACCGGAUAGCAGGAACACCUCAUGGGUAUCAUUCGAUGGCAGAAGUAGGCAGGAACUCUUUCAUGGCGAUAGUCUGAGAGUAACCACAUCCAUCUAUCCAGUGCCCAGCAUUUGCGCUACGGACCAAAUUACCGACUGGUUCGAUUCAUUAGCAGAGUGUUUGCAUUGGAACGUACGCAAGAAGCAGAAACACUUGGAUGAACUAAGUGAUUUGACUCAUUCAUCCAGUAAUGACACUUUGGACUCUCUAGAUCGCGACAGCUAGGCCAGGCAAGAAAGUCAUAAUGCACUGCCUUUAAACCAGAUCCUAAAAGAUCAUUAUGAUUUAUCAGUAAGGUCUGGUCUCAAAGAACUUCAAUGACUCGCUGCACGAUACACGAAAAGAAUAAGCCUAACCUGUGUUCAUUUAAAUCGUAAGAAUAGAGGAGAAUGAACUCGUCUAGUAGUCGCUGAAGAAACUGAGUAAUUGUACGUACCCUCUAAGCGUCAUUAAUGAUGCAUAAAUUCACGGUACACCGCAACUCAAAGCUACCAAAAGAACCUGAUAGUAUUUCGAUGCGUCGUAAAAAACAGUGGAUUAGUUAUAUUGCAGAAUUGCGAAUUCUUCAAGAAUUCUUCGAAUUCGUUUUUACGAGAUAAAGGAUCAUCAAGAAUUUACGUAUAACCUGUAAUUAAUACACCAAAAAGCCCAACAAGAGAGUUUCCUGUAUUUCCAACGCAUAAUUCUACGCUCUACGACGACGUUCUAAUCCGCGAAAUCAUUUCGAAACGAAUCUUUAUUUCCUUUCUUUUUUUUCCUUCUUUUUUUCUUCUUAUUGAAUUGAUAGACUUUUGUUAACAUAGACAAUAUUGAAAAUAAGAUUAAGAAAUGCGAGGACUAUUGUCGUUAAUAAUGCUAAUAGUAAAAAAUAAUUUAAGAAAUGAUUAUAUCAGAGCUGCUGAAUUGAUUUAUGAAAAAGCAUGGUUAAUAUUUCUUAUAAUUAAACGAUAUUAAAGAAAAAGGUGUUGAUUAUAAAAGACAUUUCACAUCAUACAUACAGUUAUUUAUUUUUCAUUAGUUUUGAUGCAUUUUAAUAAGUCUAUGUUUCCUAUAUGAAUUCAUAUUCUGUUAAUGUUAUCAAACUGGUUCUGUUAACUGCAACAAAGAGCACAUAAGCGAGAAUCAACUAAAGAUGUUGUUGAUAAGUUUUGUGUUCUGACAACGAAUAUUAUCCGGUUAAGGAUCAUUUUUUUGUAAUUCUUGAAUGUACUUUUCCUAUAAAUGAAAAUUUUUAAUAAAGACAUUUUUGUACUGCA